AUGAAAUUUUCGUGGCAGAACAUCCUCAGUACUCAGCUUGGUAGCGUACGCAAGCGUGGCUAUACUAAUAGAGAUGCCUCGAUGCUUCAUAUCAUUGAUGGACACCAGAAGGUGAAAGGAAACUUUCGAGGCACGAUAGCUGAUGAUGUUGAGACGCACUCGAGGAUGUUGCAUCUGGAGGGGGAUUGUGCAGGAAGAUUGAUGAGUUGGUCCAACGUCCAAUGUUUCAAGGUUCGACCUAGUGAUCCUGCGGCGCGGCAACAGCAAAGGGCGAAGAAAGACGGCAGCGAGCGGCGGUGGCGGCAGCGGCGGGAUCGGAUCGGAUCGGAUCGGAUCGGAGUCGGAGGGUUGUAA